AUGGCGCAACCGAGUCGUGCUCGCGUUUACGCCGAUUGCAAUACGCAUCGACCACGCGAAUACUACGACUACGAGCUGCAUGUUGUCGAGUGGGGCAAUCAAGAUGAUUAUCAGAUCGUACGUAAACUUGGUCGUGGAAAAUACAGUGAAGUAUUUGAAGGUAUCAAUAUAACAAAUAAUGAAAAAGUUGUUAUCAAAAUUCUCAAACCAGUUAAAAAAAAGAAAAUCAAACGUGAAAUAAAAAUUUUAGAAAAUUUACGUGGUGGACCUAAUGUUAUUACGUUGCUUGAUAUUGUCAAAGAUCCUGUUUCAAGAACACCUGCUCUUAUUUUUGAAUAUGUCAAUAAUACUGACUUUAAACAACUUUAUCCUACUCUUUCCGAUUAUGACAUUCGAUUCUAUAUGUAUGAAUUACUAAAAGGACUCGAUUAUUGUCACAGUAUGGGCAUCAUGCAUCGUGAUGUAAAACCUCACAAUGUGAUGAUUGAUCAUGAAAAUCGAAAAUUACGAUUAAUUGAUUGGGGCUUAGCUGAAUUCUAUCAUCCAAAUCAAGAAUAUAAUGUUCGAGUAGCAUCGCGUUAUUUUAAAGGACCUGAAUUACUUGUUGAUUAUCAAUAUUAUGAUUAUUCACUUGAUAUGUGGAGUUUAGGUUGUAUGUUGGCUAGUAUGAUAUUUCGUAAAGAACCAUUUUUCCAUGGACAUGAUAAUUAUGAUCAACUUGUUCGAAUUGCUAAAGUACUUGGUACUGAUGAACUUUAUGAAUAUCUUGAAAAAUAUCAAAUUGAACUUGAUCCACGUUUUAAUGAAAUUCUUGGACGACAUUCACGAAAACGAUGGGAACGAUUUGUUCAUUCAGAAAAUCAACAUCUUGUUAGUCAAGAAGCACUUGAUUUCUUAGAUAAACUUCUCCGUUAUGAUCAUAAUGAUCGUUUAACAGCUAAAGAAGCUAUGGAUCAUCCAUAUUUUUAUCCUAUUGUUCGUGAUCAAGGUCGUCCAAUAAAUACAACUUCUCAAGUUAUACUCUCCAAUAAUGCUGGUGCCUCUAUAUCUUCAAUUAAUUCUUCGUCGCCGCUUAAUGUGAACAGUAGCGUAUCGACGAUUAAUCAGUGA